GGAACGAGCGUACCGUUGAAUAGUUUACAAAUACUUUCGAUAAUGUAAAAAAAAAAAAAAACAGCAAAGAAAGAACGAUUCCACAAAACCACCGAUUCUGAGGUUUCCCUGCUAUGUUUUUUUUUUUUUUUUUUUUUCUGAGAAGUUAUGCUUCAGUGUAAUAUGAUCUUUAACCGUAUUUCGUAGAAAACGCAGCCAUUAUAAGAAGAGUCCGCUUCACCGUAAUUAAAACCUAGAGUGCAUUCUCAUGAGUGCCACAUCACAAUGUAUAUUGGAUACAAACGGAACAAAAUGAGUUCACUUGUCUUACUUUUGUUACUUUUUUCAAUUGCUUCAGUAGUUUGGUGUUAUCCAUCCCGCUGUGAAGGUCGCUGUAAUGCUCCAGUGGAAGUAAAACCAGCUUGCACUGACAUUGUCCUGGGUUAUUGUGAUGAUAUGCCCUACACUAAAACCAUGUACCCCAACUUGCUGGACAAUAAAAACCGAGAGGCGGUAGAAACAGGUCCCGAGUAUGUUCUGCUGAGUGUCUUACACACCUUACUCAAAGGGGAAUGCACUCCUGACCUCAGGAUGCUGGGAUGCUCCAUCCUUGCUCCUCGGUGCGAAAAGAACAAGAUUCUGAAGCCUUGCAGGAGUUCCUGUGAAAUGCUGAUGAAAAACUGCAUGCACGCCUUUGAUGCCAUUGAGAUGGCUUGGCCGUACUUUCUGGACUGUGACCGUUUCUUUGUUGGUGAAGAGGAAGGGUGUUACGACCCGUUGGAAAGUCUCAGAGGCAUACAUGAGUUUGUGGUUGAUAACUCUGUCCCUGAGCAACCUUCGACUAUUAUUCAGUUUACAUACCAUUCACACUCACAGAUGAUCAACGUUUUGAAAAAGACAGCUGCGAAAUGCUCAAAUAUUUCAAGAACGUAUAGCAUUGGACAUAGCUUUCAAGGAAAAGAUCUUCUUGUGAUUGAAUUUUCUAAUAACCCUGGGCAACACGAUUUACUUGAGCCAGAAGUUAAAUACGUUGGCAAUAUGCAUGGAAACGAAGUUCUCGGAAGGGAGCUGCUGAUAUACCUCGCACAGUAUUUAUGUUCUGAAUAUCUGCUGGGAAAUGAAAGGAUCCAGACUUUGAUCAACACCACCAGAAUCCACCUGUUGUCCUCAAUGAACCCUGAUGGAUAUGAUCUGGCUGCUUCAGAGGGCCCGAGAUACAAUGGAUGGACAAGUGGAAGAGCGAAUGGUCAAAACAUUGACCUGAAUAGAAAUUUUCCAGACCUCACCUCCAUUGUUUACUGGAGACAAAGGAACAAAGGAUACCGUACGGACCACAUUCCAAUUCCAGACUCCUACUGGUCUGGUAAGGUGACUCCUGAGACGUAUGCUGUUAUGAAGUGGAUACGGUCAAUACCCUUUGUGUUGUCUGCCAGUUUACAUGGAGGAGAUUUGGUUGUUUCCUAUCCUUAUGAUUUUUCGAGGCAUCCAGAAGAAGAAAGGAUGUUUUCUCCGACUCCUGAUGAACAGGUGUUCAAGCUGUUAGCAAAGGCGUAUGCUGACCAACACCCUGUUAUGUCUGAUAAGUCACAUGACAGAUGUGGUGGGGCCUUCGCCAGUAAAAAUGGCAUUGUGAAUGGAGCUCUUUGGUACAGCUUUCCAGGGGGAAUGGCAGAUUUUAACUACCUGCAUACCAACUGUUUUGAGAUAACUGUGGAACUGGGCUGUGAUAAAUUCCCCAGUGAGAGUGAACUUUAUACAGCCUGGCAGGAAAACAAGGAGUCCCUUUUGACCUUUAUGGAGACGGUGCAUAGAGGAAUAAAGGGAAUAGUAAGGGAUGAAUCUGGUAAAGCUAUCAGAGGAGCCCGCAUCUCAGUAAGAGGAAUACGACAUGAUGUGACCACAGCCAAGCAUGGAGACUACUGGAGGAUAUUACCCUCUGGAGUACAUAUAAUCACAGCUUCUGCUCGAGGCUACUCGAAGGUCAUGAAGAAGAUUCAUCUACCAUCACGAAUGACGAAAGUUGGGCGUGUGGAUUUCACACUGGCGAGAGUGGUGCAACCGAAUCGAUUUGUUAGUAUUCCUCAGGACAAAUAUGAUCGAUUCGAUCCUUACAAUCAGUUUGAUGAUUAUAGACGCAGUGGACGACGAGAGCCUGAAGAGGAGAGGCAGGAGAAGCCUUGGUGGUGGUCAUACUUCGCCUUACUAGGCAACAAUCAACCAACUUGGCUUCUAAGGAGGAAUUAAACAUUGAUGUCACAUUCUGUUUCUUCCAGAUUCUUCCUAAGUAUUUUUACCUGUUGUAUCCCAUAAUCAUUUCCACCAAUAAAUACACAUUUAAAAAGCUAAGAAGUUGCAGAUUUUAAAAUGCACCUUAGAGUUUAGAGCUUCAAGGCUUUGACAUAUUGUGGAUAUGAUACAGAAAAUAGAAAUAUUUAUAUAUCAGCAGUUUAAUCAUUUCAGAUUCAUAGUGGGGCCUCCAUCUUCACCCCCAGAAAGCUUUUCAUAAUCAUACAGUAGUCCCUCGCUAAACCAAACAUGUUUGUCUCACUUAAGGAGGUUUCAGGUUUAAAAACAAUACUAUAAAAUCACACACACAUACAUUUAUAGUGCUCAGUGC